UGAGUACAUGAUCCUCACCACCAUUAUCGCUAACUGUAUCGUCCUGGCUCUGGAGCAGCACCUUCCCGGGGAGGACAAAACACCCAUGUCCAAGAGGCUGGAGAAGACGGAGCCCUACUUUAUCGGGAUGUUCUGCUUCGAAGCAGGAAUAAAAAUAAUUGCUCUUGGCUUUGUAUUUCAUAAAGGCUCUUACCUCAGGAACGGCUGGAACGUCAUGGACUUCAUCGUGGUCCUCAGUGGGAUCCUGGCUGCAGCAGGCGCACACAUGAACAUCUCAGUGGACCUGAGGACCCUGAGGGCAGUACGAGUACUCCGACCUCUUAAACUGGUUUCAGGCAUCCCUAGUUUGCAGAUCGUCCUGAAAUCCAUCAUGAAGGCCAUGGUUCCUCUGCUGCAGAUCGGACUUCUUCUCUUUUUUGCAAUCCUCAUGUUUGCCAUUAUUGGCCUGGAGUUCUACAGCGGCAAACUGCACCACACCUGUGAACCACAGCUUGGCAUUCUGGAGAAUGAGACGGUGGACUCCACUGAGUUAGAGUUCCCAUGUGGUGUUCGUCAGUGUCCAUCCAAAUACACCUGCAGUGACAAAUGGAUUGGUCCCAAUGAUGGAAUCACGCAGUUUGACAACAUCUUGUUUGCAGUUCUCACAGUGUUCCAGUGCAUCACCAUGGAGGGCUGGACCACUGUACUCUACAAUACCGAUGAUGCCUUGGGCCCCAACUGGAACUGGCUCUACUUCAUCCCUCUCAUCAUCAUCGGCUCCUUUUUUGUCCUGAAUCUGGUGCUAGGAGUCUUGUCUGGGGAAUUUGCCAAGGAGAGGGAGAGGGUUGAAAACCGCAGGGCCUUCAUGAAGCUGAGACGCCAACAGCAGAUUGAGAGAGAGCUCAACGGCUACCGGGCCUGGAUCGACAGAGCAGAGGAAGUGAUGCUGGCUGAGGAGAAUAAAACCCCAGGACCUUCAGCCCUCGAUGUGUUAAAGAGAGCCACCACCAUCAAGAGGAGAGGGAUGGAUGUGGUGCAUCGAGGACAACCAGGGGAAGAACAAUAUGGUGACAUCUCCUCUGUGGGCAUCCCAAUGGGCAGAUCAAGUAUCAGGAGUUCCAAGCGAGGUCCAACAGCAUAUUUUCGGCGCAAAGAACGUCUCCUUCGUAUCUCCAUCCGCCGUGUGGUGAAAACACAAACUUUCUACUGGACAGUGCUGGGCCUUGUUGCUCUCAACACACUGUGCGUGGCCAUCGUUCACCACAACCAGCCUCUGUGGCUGUCCAACUUCCUCUACUAUGCAGAGUUCCUCUUCCUCGCUCUGUUCCUGACAGAGAUGUUUCUAAAGAUGUACAGUUUGGGACCACGUCUCUACUUCCACUCCUCCUUUAACUGCUUUGACUGCAGCGUGAUUGUUGGCAGUAUCUUUGAGGUGCUGUGGGGUUUCUUCAGACCCGGCACUUCCUUUGGUAUCAGCGUCCUGCGUGCUCUCCGUCUGCUGAGAAUCUUCAAGAUCACCAAGUACUGGGCAUCUCUAAGAAACCUGGUGGUCUCUCUGAUGAAUUCCAUGAAGUCCAUCAUCUCUCUCAUCUUCCUCCUCUUCCUCUUCAUCGUUGUCUUUGCACUUCUUGGCAUGCAGCUCUUUGGUGGCAGGUUUAUCUUUGAAGACUACACUCCAACCAACUUUGACACCUUCCCUGCAGCCAUCAUGACUGUCUUUCAGAUCCUGACUGGAGAAGACUGGAAUGAGGUGAUGUAUAACGGCAUACGCUCUCAAGGAGGAGUGAAGUCUGGCAUGUGGUCCUCCAUCUACUUUAUUGUGCUCACACUGUUUGGAAAUUACACGCUACUGAACGUCUUCUUGGCCAUUGCUGUGGAUAAUCUUGCCAAUGCACAAGAGCUCACCAAGGAUGAAGAGGAAGCAGAGGCAGCAUUCAACCAGAAGCAUGCUCUCCAGAAGGCAAAGGAGGUUGGACCGUUGUCCUCCUUCAUGUCUUCAGAGGGAAGCAGGAGGAGGCGGCCCUACCUGUACAGGAAGAGAGCCAUCCACCGCAGCCGGCCCACCUACUCCUGCUCCCUGGAAGAGGCCCAGGGCAGUGUCAGGGAGGGCCGUCCACCCCCUCCACUCAACCCCUCUAACUCUUUCAUGUCCAGGAGAGAGAGGAGAAAAAGGAUGACCAUGUCCGUGUGGGAGCAGAGAACCAGCCAGCUGCGGAGGCACCGCCAGAUGUCCAGCCGUGAGAUCCUGUUCAGCAGCCCGAGUGAAGAAAAGGAUGGGCCACCUGCUUCCGGACGUCCUCUGUCACUGCACCGAAGGGCCAUGGAGCACAUGGCCUCUGGGAGUUUGAAACACUUCACAGACCCCUUAGCCUCUCCGGUGAAGAGUCAGGCUUUAGGUUCCUCCAUGUCUGUGGAUGCUGCCCUCUGUGGAGACAUACCUGAACCGCCAAUGUCGGUUCUGGUGCCAGAGUCAUUGGAUCCUACAAAUGUGUCAUCUGGUAUUCCAGAUCCCAUCAAAGAGAGUGGAAAACUGGAUGUAAACAAGAGUCACAACACCUUUAAUGAACGCAGAAGCCCUAGGUUGAAUGGCGAACGUCAGCACAGGGCGGUAAAGAAGUUUCGACCUCCUGAUAACCUUGACGUACUGACUCCUGAGAAAGGCCAUGGUGGGAUGAGAGGUAGGAGGCAUCACUGUGACCAUCAGAGCGGCUCCAGAAGUCAGGGGUCUUCACCUGGAAAUGGAAGCCACUUGACAAACAUCCCACUCAGCCAAGAGAGCAAGAGAAACCCAGAGAAGGAGGAAGAGAAGGAAGCAGAGGUCAGAAAGGAGGAGGGGGAGUCCAAACCUGAAGAGAGCAGACAGGGUGAAAAAAGUGAAGGAGAUGGUGGGAAUUCUCCAGAAAUUCUCACAGUUGAUCAGUGUCCUCAGACACAGGAAGAACCUCCUCAGCAGACAGAGCAGCCUCCUCCUGCCAUCCCAGAGAGCACCAGGGAGGAGGAAGAGACUGAGCAGGAGCACGAGAAAACUCAGCUCAGCUCUAGCGUGAUCAUUGACAUGCCUAAUGUACAGUCAUCUCUGGAGCUCUCCACGAUCACAGUAAAUAACAAAGACUCUGAAACGUGUAAAUCAGAAAAGGAGGAGGCAGAGGAGACAAAGCCUGUGAACACUGUGAUUCCAGACAGCAUGUUUAUCUUCAAACCUGACAACCCGGUGCGCAGAGUGUGUCACUACGUGGUCAACCUCAGGUACUUUGAAAUGUCCAUCCUGCUGGUCAUAGCUGCCAGCAGUAUAGCACUAGCUGCUGAGGACCCGGUAGCCACCUCCUCUGACUGGAACAAGGUUCUGCGAUACUUUGAUUAUGUUUUUACAGGAGUCUUCACUUUUGAAAUGGUUAUUAAGAUGAUAGACCAGGGUCUGAUCCUCCAUGAUGGCUCAUACUUCAGGGACCUGUGGAACAUCCUUGACUUCAUCGUUGUUGUGGGAGCGUUGGUCGCCUUUGCUCUCUCCAAUGUGAUGGGAAACAACAAAGGCCGAGACAUAAAGACCAUCAAAUCUCUGAGAGUGUUACGAGUCCUCAGGCCACUCAAGACCAUAAAGAGACUUCCUAAACUGAAGGCGGUGUUCGACUGUGUGGUGACAUCUCUGAAAAAUGUCUUCAACAUUCUGAUCGUCUAUAAGCUCUUCAUGUUCAUCUUUGCUGUAAUCGCUGUGCAGCUCUUCAAGGGGAAGUUUUUCUACUGUACUGACAGCUCCAAGACGACGGAGAAAGACUGCCAAGGUUACUACAUCGACUAUGGAAAGGACAAGAAGGAGAUGAAGAGAAGAGACUGGAAAAGACACGAGUUUCACUAUGACAACAUUGUCUGGGCUCUGCUAACUCUCUUUACGGUGUCCACGGGAGAGGGGUGGCCUCAGGUUUUGCAGCACUCAGUAGAUGUGACAGAGGAAGACAGAGGUCCGAGCCAUGGCAACAGGAUGGAGAUGUCUAUUUUCUAUGUCAUCUACUUUGUCGUCUUUCCUUUCUUCUUUGUCAACAUCUUCGUGGCUCUCAUCAUCAUCACCUUCCAGGAACAAGGAGAUAAGAUGAUGGAAGAGUGCAGCCUGGAGAAGAACGAGAGAGCAUGCAUAGACUUUGCCAUCAGUGCAAAGCCCCUGACUCGUUACAUGCCCCAGAACCGGCACACGUUCCAGUACCGCCUGUGGCAUUUUGUGGUGUCACCCUCUUUUGAGUACACUGUCUUGGCCAUGAUUGCCCUCAACACUAUUGUACUGAUGAUGAAGUAUUACUCUGCCCCUCCGGCAUAUGAGGCCGUACUGAAGCACCUGAACACAGCUUUCACUGUUCUCUUCUCUGUCGAAUGCGUUCUCAAGAUCAUGGCGUUCGGCUUUCUGAACUACUUCAGAGACACGUGGAACAUUUUCGACUUCAUCACUGUGCUGGGAAGCAUCACAGAGAUUAUUGUGGACCUGCAGUUUGUUGAUACGUUCAACAUGAGCUUCUUAAAGCUGUUCAGAGCGGCUCGUCUCAUCAAACUGCUGAGGCAAGGUUACACCAUCCGGAUCCUUCUGUGGACCUUCGUUCAGUCCUUCAAAGCUUUGCCUUAUGUCUGCCUACUCAUCGCCAUGCUCUUCUUCAUCUACGCUAUCAUUGGGAUGCAGGUGUUUGGAAACAUAAAGCUGAAUGACAAGACUCACAUUACCCAGCACAACAACUUCAGGACUUUCUCUGGUGCUCUCAUGCUGCUCUUCAGGAGUGCCACUGGAGAGUCAUGGCAGGAGAUCAUGUUGUCGUGUCUGGGUGGACAGAAGUGUGAAAAGGACCCAGCAGUAUCCGUGUCUGACCAGGAGGGAGGAUGUGGCUCUGACUUCGCCUAUUUCUACUUCGUCUCUUUCAUCUUCUUCAGCUCCUUUUUGAUGCUGAACCUGUUUGUCGCUGUAAUCAUGGAUAACUUUGAAUAUUUGACUAGAGAUUCAUCCAUCUUGGGUCCUCAUCAUCUGGAUGAGUUUGUACGGAUCUGGGGGGAGUAUGACCGUGCUGCCUGUGGUCGUAUCCAUUACACUGACAUGUAUGAGAUGUUGACCAACAUGUCGCCACCUCUAGGCCUGGGCAAGAAAUGCCCCUCCAAAGUGGCAUAUAAGAGACUCGUCCUGAUGAACAUGCCUGUGGAUGAGGACAUGUCUGUUCACUUUACCUCCACCCUCAUGGCCCUCAUCCGCACAGCCCUGGAGAUCAAGAUUGCCAGAGGAGGGGAGGAUAGAAAUCAGAUGGACUUGGACCUGCAGAAGGAGAUUGGGGUCAUUUGGCCUCAUCUCUCUCAGAAGACACUGGAGCUACUGGUUCCCAUUCACAAAGCAAGUGACAUGACGAUUGGGAAGAUCUAUGCUGCCAUGAUGAUCAUGGACUACUACAAGCAGAGCAAGGCCAAGAAGUUGCGACAGCAACUGGAGGAACAGAAACAUGCUCCAAUGUUCCAGCGAAUGGAUGCUUCCUCUCUGCCUCAAGAAAUCCUAUGCAAUGCCAAAGCCCUUUCAUUCCUCAGGCACAGUGCCGGAUCUGCUCUCACCAGAGGAGGUUUUGUUGCCCUCAGCCCCAUCUCUCCUCAAGACAUGUUCCUGCAGCCACUUGCUCACUCCAGGGAGGAGAGAGAGGAGGAAGAAGAGGAUGAUGAUUAUCGUUCACCCUACCACCCCUACCUCCACCCUCAUCACCACCAUCAUCAUUUACACACACUGGUGCCUGACGUGGUGCGGUAUAACCAAGUGAUGCAGCAGGCUAGGCAGGACUCAAGUGAAAUUAAAUCACCUCAGCGGACAGCUUCUACCAGAGCAUCCUCCAUGCCCAGACUAGCUGUUGAUCCACAGCCUGGGAUGACAGCAGACGAUAAGCUGAUGAAGCGUUCCUUCUCCACCAUCGGAGACCAGUGUGUGAACGGCCUGUGGCAGGAGCAGCACUCUCUGGAGAGAGUCAGUCCUGAUGACACAUACAGGCCUCGUCAGAGGAGCUACAGAGGUCCUAGAAUCAACCACAGAGAAACCAGCAUACAUGAAAGAGGACGAUCUAAGGAACGGCGCCACCUGCUGUCUCCUGAUGUGUCACGCUGUAACUCUGAGGAGCGUAGCCGGGAUCAAUCAAGUGAGAGGAGACGGUCUCGGUCACCCAGUGAAGUACGCACACAAACCUUACAGAGACAGGCUAACACAUCAGGCAGCCCUGCCCAUUCAGCCUCAGAGUCUGGAACUCCUCGUAAUCGACGUCAGCUGCCACAGACCCCGUCUCGCCCACGGCCCUACAUCUCCUACUCUCCUCUGGCCUGCAGAGCCCACACUUCUCCCCCACCAGCAAGUUCCUCCGAGGCACAGACCGAGCCUCAGGAGGGCCCCAGCAUCUCCACAGAGACCUUGCUGAGGGCUGACAAAGACAUCCUUCAGGGGUCAUCCAGGGGUCAGGUUUCAGGACCAAGCCACCCAUCUCCUCACCGGUACAUCUCAGAGCCCUACCUCCCAUACCACAAGGACGUCAGCGGAGGAGAAGGGGGGGAUAAGCAGGACACGCUUACUUUUGAGAGUGCCAUGGCCACCAGCCUUGGGCGGGUCAACGCCACCUUCUCCGCCCCUCAGCUCAGACACUCCUGGCAGGUUCCUAACGGGCAUUACCGGAGGCAGUUUGGCCAGACGAGCCCGGCUGGAACUAGAGAGUUGCUGAGUGACACAGACGAGGAUGACCGCUGCUAAAACAAACAAAAAAAGGGAAUGCAAAAAGAGACGGGGCAUCUCAGAGGAUUUAGCUCUUCUGCAGCUCCAAGCACUUGUUUUCUCAGCAUCAGUAGCAAAACGGACAGGACUGAACUGCUUUUAUCCAGAAACUCAGACAUUUGUCUACAACAUGCUCUAGUGUGUGUGUUUGUUGUAGCUAAAGGAAAGCUACAUGCGUGGACUUGGGUGUGUCUUUACAAGUGUGUGUGUUCUCUUAUCAGAGAAAAUUUGCCAAAAUAUGACAGCAGCAGAGACAGACUGUGUUUAAAGUCCAUCACUGCAGGCAGAAACAAGUGUUGCCAAGCCUCCCUACAUGUUUUGAUUGUUAUUUGAACAAAAUAUGGAAAACAGUGAACCAAGGCGUACAAAUCUCUCAUUGAACCCAAAAAAACAAUGCGUUUUGUUUAUGUGAACAUAGAGGUAGCAUGUACAAAUCUAAUAUGAUGAAUGUAUUUUAGCUUUUAGUUCUUAUGAUCUGGUCUUUUGAGAGGGUUGCUGUUAGUCUUUACUGAGCAUUGUUGUAAGAGUAGCAUUAAAAGAAAGGGUUUGCCAGUUUUUAAUUUCACACAAUUCCUAUUCACAAUAAUAGUAUCCACAUGUCAAGGGCAUUAUUAUGUCAAUAGUCAAAUAAUCACACAUCAAGUUCCAGACAUAAAAAAGAGGAGACCUCUAGUGAUUGUUGAGUUAUCUUUAUAUUCGUUGAAAACAAUGAUGAUGUAUCUUAAAGUGAACCAGCACAGUGCAGGUCUAUGUUAUUUUUGUGUUGUGGAAAACAGAUUAAGAUAUGAAAGAUUACAGAAUAUGUGUUUUGUCUCAGGAUACCUGACCACUGAAUUUAUGUAAGACUUGUGAAAAUUAAGAGUUAGAAGCUGUCUAUUAAUUCUGCUGAUCAGUCUGUAAUAAUAGCGUCAAAAAGCCCUAAGAAGAAGUUUCACAUAGGCUAUAUUCAUUAACACAUUUCAGUCUUAAGUGAAGAUGAGUUAAAUGAAUUGAGAGGAAUGUUCAAUCUAAAUCCCUGCGAUGGAUAAAUGUUGUUUUCUCAGAGUGGUGACUAAAGCCAUUUUCUACCCGUACAUAGAGCCAGAAAUGUGUCUUCUUCAGGAAGUGUUGCCUUCUCUUAUGUGAUAAGAAAAGUGACAAAUCUUAAUGUCCUUUUUUAUAUUUGAUGCAGCAUAGAUGAUUUUAGAGGGAGGUAUGUUUUUCCACAGUGUAUAAGAAGGGGAGGAAGCCAACUUUUCUUUGUAAACCCUUGUUAUAUUGGUUGACAACUGCUUUACCUUGAAUUAAAUACAACUAUUAUUAACAGAAUUAACAUCAAGCUUUAUUGAAGAGCUAAAGUCAGCAAUUAAGACCAUUAAUAUGUUAGAAAAAAAUGUUAACUGAGGUAUUAAAUUAAGUUGUUUACAGAAUAGGAUGAUAAGAAGAAUGUUUAGCACAUUGCAAAUGGCCGUAACUACAGAAGAAGAUUAUGGCCAAGGGUGAGGAAAAAAAAAUAAUGCAUUGCACUUCAAGAAUAAAGACCAAAUGUUGAGAAAAAAAAGCCAAAAUGUUAGGGUGAAGAUGGCCAAGCAAUUAGGUCACGCCCCAUGUAUGCAAGCGAAAUGGGUUCAAGUCCAGCCUUGAACCUGGGCCUCUUUCCUGCAUGUCUCACACCCUUUCUUGUCCCUACUUCUGACUCUAUCUACUGUUCUCUCUAAACUAAAGGCAUAAAAAGCCCCAAAAUGUAUUUUUUAAAAGUCCAAAUGUUGAGAGUAAACUUUGAUUCUAAAGUCAAAGCUUGUUAGACUAUAACAAACUGCAGAUCUUGGACAACCACACUGCGUUUAUGAGCCUUUAAGAAAAAUAAUCUCUUUGUAGAUAAAUCAAUCUCUGAAGGAUAGUUCCACAUGAUCAUGGUAUCAGGCAUUUUGUAAAGACAGUCAAGACUGUCCACUGAUUGUUAAAGUUUGACUUUAUCCCACAAAUUUCAAAUGUCCUCUAGACAUUUCAGCUCUAGUCAUUUCUGUGACGUCAAUGUGGACUGAACCCAGGAGCAAGAAAGAAGAAGAUGUCAUUAGGAGGGGUUUAUUGUCAACAGAUAAUGCAGAAUAAGGCUGGUGUAUAAACUGAAGAGGGGAAGCUGGCAAAGUGGAAGAGGCACUGGGAGUCUGAACGGAAUCACUGGAAAGAAAUAGAGAACAAAGAAGGUUAGUAUCUUAACAGAAAAACUUUCCCAAAAUCACACAAAUCCUCAAAGACAGAGCUAGAGCUUGAGCCCCCUGGUGCUGGCAUACUCUGGCACCUUCUGACGUUCAGCCAGGUGCAUAUAAGCUGGUGCUGAUUGCUUCCAAUGAGAUGCAGCUGAGUUAUUGAGGCACCUCGGUGCUUCUGAAGUGACGUAUUUGCAAACCCCUACAGCGUGUGUGUAGCUCCAACUUUUUGGGACGGAUAUCCAAGAUUGGUACGUCUAUGAAGGGGUGCCAAAAAGAGGGACGGUACAUGUUUUUUGCCUCCCAAACAACAAAAUGCUAAGCGUAACAAAACCCAAAAUGACCACUAGAAAGGAUAAAGGUUUAUUCUCGAAGUGCACAGCAUUAUUUUUUCCCCCACCCAUGUCCCUUAUCCUCUUCUGUACAUAAGCAUCCACUUCACUUUUAAAACCAGAGGCUAUGCUUAUUUUUGUGAGCAGCCCAUGUGUUUUUUUCCCCGUAUGUACACAUCUCUGAUUUUCUGUCACAUUACUGGCUUUUUUUUGCCAGUAGAAACACAUUUAUAGAGAGGCUGUAUUCAGCCGAUGUCAACAUCUGGGUGGAUAGCUCAAAACCUGCAAUAAGAUUAAACUGCUAAAAUUCAGGUAAAUUAAGCCUAUCUUACAAGUUAUCCAAUAAUCUCCUUUUUUUAAUGAGCAACUGCAAAAACUGUGAAAAGAGGGAAUGGAGGGAUACCCAGCCUAAUUUCAAGUUAAAACAACAUAUUUCAUAGCACAAAGCAUUGGCCAGACUGCAGCUCAUGCUAGCACCUUGUCACACACUUACUAGCUAGCUUACACUAAAGCUAGUGAGGAAAUGGUUGAGCGCUAACGUUAUCAUUGGUGGUAACACAAGAUACAACUGGAAAUUCUGGAACUCCUUGUUAGCAUGGUGCUAGCUAGGAAUUAACACCUUAGCUAACUUAAUGUCAGUUUGUAAGUAGAUGGCUGCUAGCAUUAGCUUUUGUCUUAACAGUGGCUCUCUGGGCUAAAUUUCACUUUCCAUGCCAUCAAGUCUGUGAACAUUUAUUUCACUAUAAUGUGCUCAUACAUACGAAUGAAUAGCAAAUAGGCUAUUACGUUACUUACUCUUUAAAUCAAUACCAAAAUCUAUUCUUCCAUAAAAGAUUUCAAAAUGUAACUUUGACAUCUUAAGAAUCCUUAUAGAUAUUUUUAAUUCUUUUGGACUCAAAAACGUUUCUUCAGAGUCACAAUUUAACAUAAAGAAAUCAGCCAUAUUUAGAUGUAGCUUGUUAGCACAGCCCAAAUAGCUGAUUUUUGCUCAAAUGCCACCUGUGAGAUUACAAGAGUGGGUCCAAAACAGCCCUGGCUAUGCAGCUGUUUCCCUGGACUAACAGUAGCUGAAGGGUUAAUGAACAUUUCACGUUAUGGCCCAGUGUGCCUCCAGCUUUUCACUACUUAUCUUUGGAGUUGCUCAUUUAGUGUGAAGCAAGAAAACAUUAAUUACCAAACAUACGUACCCUUAACUACAGGAGGGGAAAACUUCACCAGCUUCCCAUCCUGAAUAUGUCAUCAGAAGAAAAUUACUGCAAGCAGGUGAACACAUUAAAUUGUUGGAUUUUUAAAAUGUAUUCAUCUGUUUUAAUUUUUGUGGUUGUUUUUAGUUUUACAUAGCUACUAAGGAAUACAAAAGCUUCUUAUCAUAGUAAUGAAUCAGCAGGCAGAGAAAUGCUCAUGUCACUUCAGUCCAGUCAGUAUCUUUUAACCUUUAUCCUGAAUUUGUUGUUCUUCCUCAGUAAGCUGUGUAUUUAAAUCCCGUGCUGAUGUGUUAGUGUGAUAUGUUAGGUUUGACAUGUCUAUGAAAUGUGAACACAGGACAUAUCUAGACAGAGGUUGAGAUGUUAACUCUUCUGCAGUCCCAGAACCAGAAAGUCCUUGCUGGAAAUUAAAGGAGCAAAACCUCCUUUCAGAUGUGUUAACUAAAAAUCUUCAUUUUUACAUAAGUCAGGUAAGGUUUAGGCUCCAGUCUGUAAAUUGUAGGACUGUGCUUCACAUUAACAGCUUCACAUGGCCUAGGACUUAACUUCAAUGUCUGUACAGAACAGCCUGAUCUGUGCCUGAGGAAACUCACCUGCCAAGCCUGGAUUUGAUAGCUAGACAAGCUUCCUGUUAAAAAAUAUGUAGUAUACAUUGUACAAAAUAAAUUCAUGUGUCAUUUAUUGCACCAUUUAUAUUUUUGUUUGAAUCAAGAUGCCUGUCCAUAACUUUAACAAAACAAG